CUGAGACUGUCGCCCGGGGCCCGCGGGGAAACCAGCACCGCCAACCCUCAACCGUGCCGUGCGGCCGCGGGCCGGGCUGCCGCGACCCGAAAAGAUAAGCCGCCACCGCCGCUGGCCGGAGCCGGAUGGCGCUGCUCUCGCCACCGCUCCCUCCUCUCCUCCCGCCAGCUCGCCACCGCGUCGCCUCUUCCUCGCUACUCGCGGCCACGACGCCACCUAGCCGUCUCCUUUCUCUCUGCCCCCACAGUCCCCGCUGCCACGACGCCCUCUACCCAUCCGGCCCCAACGGCCGGCCGCUCCGCCGUUGCCGCGGGGGCGUAGCUGCGUCCCUAGACCAGGAGGAUUCUGGCGCCGCUGAAAUCACCGUCGUACCUGAGGGGGACCCAGGACCGCCGGUUUCAUCCGAUGCAGCGGCUGCGGACGCUGUCGCGGCUUCCGCCGAGCAGGCGGAGGCGAGCCCCGAGGACCUGGAGAACAUCCGCGAAGUAGAAAGGGUACUGGAGCUGCUGAAGAAGAACAGGGACAUGACCUUUGGCGAGGUUAAGCUAACCAUCAUGAUUGAGGACCCUAGAGAUAUAGAAAGAAAGAGAACACUUGGUAUAGAGGAUCUUGAUGAAAUUACCAGGGAUGACUUAGCUGAUGCUUUGGUUGAGGUUAAUGAAGGACGGAUUCCAGAGAACAGUGUUGCUCUUCAGUUGCUUGCCAAGGAGAUGGCAGAAUGGCCUGAUCUUGAGAUAGAAGCUCCAAAAAAUAAGAGCAAACCUGAGAAAUCUGUCUAUGCAAAGGCCACAGAUACUGGCAUUGAUCCAGAGACAGCUGCCAGAAGACUUAACAUUGACUGGGACUCUGCUGCUGAUAUAGAUGGAGAAGAGGAGGAGGAGGAUGAAUCUGAAGUGCCAUCAGCUGUUGGAUAUGGUGCUCUUUAUUUGUUGACGGCCUUUCCUGUCAUUAUUGGAAUCUCAGUUGUGCUAAUUCUUUUUUACAAUUCUCUACAGUAGUGAACCCCUGCGCUCCUUCCCUUCUUGAGUGAGAUGCUGCCUUUUUGUAAAUCUGAGUUACAAGGCCAGUUAAUCAGUAUUUUUUUUGUCAUUUCAUUGUCAACUUACUCUU